UUGCUUCGGCUUAGGGCCGACAAAAAAAUAGUUCCAAGUUGAUAUUCCUGCCAUUUUACCAAUAGCAGCCAGACAGGGACAACGCUAUGUUAGAUUGAUCACCUAGAAGGACUGCGAGGGACAAAGAGGCAUAAUGACACCCAAGGAUAUCACCUCGCAUUCGAAUAUGGAGCGCUUAGAAAGGACCCAAAAGCUUAUUCGUCUAUAUCGAUCCAACGAAUGCCUGUGGAAUCCCAAAUCUCCAGGAUUCCAUAGUGGCUCUGUAAAAGAGGACGCUUGGCGAUGGAUAACGAGGCAGAUGAAAUGCGGCCUAACUCCUGACCAAGUGAAACUUCAGGUGCUCAGCCUCCGAAAUUACUACUCCAAAGAGUGCGCCGCCAUCCGGCUCAGCCAGCGUAAGGGGUUUAGUUACGCUCCCAGACACUCUUAUUUUGAGGACCUUCAGUUCUUGGGUAACCUGGAUUUCGAGGAAUCGAAAGAGUGCCAGGCCAGUUUCAGUCAACUCAAUUGCCUUUUGGAGGAUGUCUUAAUUAUGGACGAUUGUAGCUCCAUUAAAGCCAAUUAUCACCCUGCCUUUUCGGAGGCCACAUUCUGCGACCGUGGAGCUUACUUAACUCCUUGCUCCAGCGGUUACACUAUUUACAAUAUGAUAUUAGAACCAGAGCCGGAUCAAGAACAACACAUUAGGAGUUACAAAGAAAGAGCCACCUCCGGCAAUGAUCGUUGGUAUCCCACAACCUAUUGUGUCCAGUGCAACCAAGAUGAAGUUGAGGAUGGGCACAGCCAAUGCACAACUUACGAUGGAAGAGGUCAAACUCAGAUUGCACCUUCCGGAAGUAGGAGUUCCUUGGAAGGGGGCCAAAAUCCGGUGACAAUUAGUCAGGAUGAGACUCAAGGUUGUUCAGAAACACUCAUUCAAAAUCGAAACGGAAUACCGGAAUCUCAAUCCGAAUCCCAAAGCAGACAAAAGCGAAGCGCGAAUUUGAAACACGCUCAGGAUGAGUAUCCAAGCUCCUUUACGAACAGGCAAAAAAGUUCUCCAAGAACCCAACAAAAUGGCGUGUUUGUGGAUAUGGGUAACUGGCAUGGUGAAGAGUCCACCAAUAAUGUAGUACCAAACGAUAAUUGGCCAGGUCCCAGGCUUUACGGUCAACAGCGCCAGAAAUAUGUGCCCAGGGGUCAAAAAGAGGUACCUGACGGUCGAAAGUCCGGCAGCGGAAGGUGGAAACGUAAUAACGAUGCCAUCUGCAGGAGACUUCAGUAUCGGUUGGCGAUAGAGGAAAAUCCACGUGGCAGUUACUCCGAAGAAGGAGACUCCGAUCAGGACCAAAAAUGCAGCUGCAAACAGAACGAUCGCCGGCAGUCAGGAGAGGAUCAGUUAAAUGUACUGCUAUUAAAGAAAAACGGUCAGCAGAACGAUUUAGCCCGAAACAGCAACAACGAACCGAUUUCCGAUCAGGGUAACCACAAUAGCAACCAGCCAGUUCAAAAUCAAUGUUAUUGCUCUUAUUACCAAUCAAAUCCAAAUCCACAACGCUGCGAUAUCUAUGGAUGCCAGUGCAUGUACUGCAAUCGAUCUUUGGCUCCAGCCCAAGUAAACUACUACCCACCUCAACAGUUUGAUCAGAAUGCCACAAACUUUGGUCAAACUUAUCCUCCACCAAAUCAAGCUUAUGAAGAAAUGGAAAAUGAGUACGGACGGGGUGCAUACCCGAAUCAACCUAUCGUUUACUGCAUCAAUGCAGAGGACCCAAACGUGUGGGUUCCGGAUCAGUCCACGUUUUCUGCUCCAAGUCCUGCACAGAUGCCCAUGGCACCACUAUCAAAGUCUUGGCCCCUGGAAAUGGAAAAUAAGGCACCAGGCAAUGGGGCAUCAACUUAUCCACCAAAUGUACACGCAAAAGGUCAACCAGAGAGAGAGAACUAUGAGUUUGUAGAGUGUCCUGCCUUUAAAAGAGAAACACGAUUCAACGAUCAAAGGGAACGAUCGAACAGAGGGAACUACCAAACCCAAGACAGAGCUGCUAAUCCUGAAGAAAACUCUCUUGCCAGUCUGGAUAACCCAAUUUACGAUGAGCAGGCACAUCGAAAACAAAUGCGAAAUGAUCUGCAAAAACGACAGCGUAAAGUAAUAGAUGAAGAGGAAUCGUUUAACAAAUAUGGAGAAUAUCCUGCUCGAGGGAGAAGACGCGAGUAUAAUGAUGAGAAUCCUCCCCAAAAGAUUCGAGAUGGUUCACCUCAGAGGUCUAAACGAUGUGACGAUGUAAGGUGUCCAGCUAACAGGCACUAUCCAAAUGAAGAACGCCCAAGCCAAAGGAGACCUCGCAAUGAUGAUAUGGUGGUUAGUUACCCCAAUUCCAACUAUGAAGAUUACAGCCCUCCUAGGCCGAGGAGAGAUCGUACCGAGAAACCAAACCAUUCAAAAGUAUACCAGCUUCAAACCGACGACUCCCAAAAAAUAGAGUCUUCGGCAUACGAUCGCCUUAAUCCCAGGGAAGACAUAAAUGCGAUGAGAACAAGACCGUCUACAAGGAAUCGCGGCUACGAGGAGGAGGUAAAACCAAGUUCCAAAAGUAAAUCACAAGGUCAAGAUAGAAAUCCUCCAGAUAAUGGUAGCUUUAACGAACCAAAGCUAAGUCCCAAGACAAGAUCCAAAGGUCAAAGCAGGGAAAAUAUUGUAAAACCGAAGAAAAAAUCAGAAGAAGAACCUAGUAACUCAAAAAGGCGAAACCAAGCAAACUGCAAUGACGAAACCUGUCCGUUUCGGGGCUAUACAUUAAGACAAGAUAAAGAUCGUACCGUACGUCAAGAAAGAAAUAUUCAGGAAAUUAGAAACUCAAAACUUGAAAGUGGUAAACAUAAAAGCUCCAGAAGAAAAGACUACGAGUGCAAUGAUGACACGUGCCCAUAUGCUGCUUUUGCAGGCGCCCAUAAAGAAAGGCCGAGAAAAUCUCCCCAAGAACGUGGUGAAGGAGAAAUGAUACCAAGAAAUAGGUAUAGGACUGAGCCAACGAACAAAACUAAAGAUCCCGAAAUAUCCAAGAAUGAGUUUGAAACUUUUGGGAAUGCAAGAAAUGAAGCUCCCGAGGGCUGUGAUGAUUGUGAAUGUGAUUCGGAUGAUAAUGAAUAUCAAGCAAAAGGAUAUAGAAAUGCUAACCACGACUAUGAUAUUAGCCCUGAAGAUGGUCGACCCGCCGAAAUGAGCAGAAAAUAUUCGAGAAGGGAGGAAAAGAAUGUACCAAAUAAAAAUAAUGAAAGAACUCCGAAGGAUUACCGCAAUGAAAAUAAAUACAGAAGUACUGGAAGAACAGCAAUGGAGUGCAGGUGCGAUAACACUGAUUCCGAUGGAUAUAUGGCCAGAAAUGCCUAUAAUGAAUAUCCUUUGAGGGAGAACCGAAACCGAACUUAUAAGGAAUCAAAUGGAUAUGAUAGAGCACAAGCUUAUAGAAGCGACAAAAGGGGUAAGGGCUAUGAUAACUACUUCUCCGAAAGAGAGGAUCAGGCGUAUAUAAAUUCGGAUAAUCAAAAUAACAAUCGCAACCGAAAUAAAGAAAAUUUGGCUCUGAAAAAGAAACCAUCUUUUUCGAGGGGACCAGAUAUAUUGAACUCAGAAAAUGAAUGCUUCUGCAGUGAAUAUGUAUUUCCAGAAACAGACAAUAGGUAUAAAGAUUCUGCGCAAAAUAGGAAAACGCAAAAUGAUCCACAGACUUUGUAUAAAAACAAAGAGGAGAUUCAAAAAAGAACCACUGAAAAUGACAACUCCGAAGGCAAAAGAUAUGAACAAUACAAAAAUAGAAAUGAAAAUAGAUCGCCCGAAACUACUUUACCAAAAAGGAGUAAAAACGAGAAACAGAUUUCGAAUGCUCCUGGAACAGAUGAUAAAGGCAAUAGCAACGAUGUUGGGGAUCCUGAUGAAGGAAAAUACUCAAAAUUCAAGGAUAGUAAUUCCAAUGACAACAUAUACUCUGAUGAGGAUUGUAUUUGCGGUCCUCCCAGUGGUCCAAAUGAAGCCAACAUAGUUGUGUCAAAUCAACGAAAGCAAGCUGGUAGUAUAUGUAAGGUACUUAACGCUCUAAUGGAAUGCCAGGACCAAAAGAAAGAAUCAAUUGGAAAAGUCAAGAAACCGCCAGUCCAAGCUAAUGUAAAGUCAAAUAAAAUCAAGGUGGAACCGAAGGAAGUAUCUACUAAUGAUUCUCAGCCGUCUUCUGUUAAAAAUAAUCCCUCCCCAAAGACCGUAAAAUCAACCAAGGUGCAGUUAAGAUCCGCCAGCCCCAUUCGCCACUUGGGGACUCCAAGGACUCAGCCAGGAGAACCGAUCAAGAAAGGACCCGCCACUGCGAAAACUGGAGGACCAUCCAGUGCUAAGAAACCAACUAUGGACACCAAUGCAGCUGCCAACAGCAAGUUGCCCUUUGACCUAAAAUCGGCCGCAUAUUUUAUUUGCAAAUUACAGGACGAAGGUAACAACCAUAAGUACCUCCUUGUGGUGCCGAAGAAGCCAAUUGGACGACCCGAUGGCCAGCGGAUGGGCUCAGGACAGGCGUCUGGCAAGCAGCUGCACUGCCAGCGGCAGUGCUCCGGCUUUCAGAGCGUGUCCUGGACCAAUCCGUCGUUCGCGAGCCAAUCGCAGCGAUCUCAGCAGUUCCCGCCCAGCGAGGAGGGUCUCUCCGUUCUGGGUUCCUUCGCGGUUCCGCCCCUCCUGGCCAACACCGCGCUGGGCAUCAUCAAGGACCAUCUCAACAGGACAAUUAUGGCGCCGAAUCCGGGGGUGCCUCCUUUGCGAAAGAUGCGACGCACACUACUAGCCAGGCCAAGGCGACCCGUUCUUCGGCCAUCCCACAAAGCCAACGCCCCCAUCCUGGACGAGAACCGAACCCUUCUGCUCACCAACAAUCCCUUCCGUAAUUUGACCUUCGGCGAAAACCAGCGAGAGGUGAUAGUCCUGCAUCCACCGGACCCCGGCUUUCGGCCCUCGAAGAACUCCUUCGGCAAGGACGAAGUUGAGGUACAGCACAUCACGGUCCAUAGUGAGGAUCCCGGUGUGAAUCCAAAACCACCCAAGCCGCCUAUAAAGCCCAAGCAAAAAGUUCCUCGGUGAUCAAUCUGUAGUUGUUAUGUCCUUACGCACACUUUUUCGGCCAUCCUGGCCAUCCUCGAAUCAUAUAAAGAACAGCACCCAACCGAAGCCGCAGGACUCAGCUGCCUUUUAUUCAAUGAGAGGAGUUCUGGUCGAGGAAUCAAGGGGCGUUACGCUUCGCCGCUUACUUGGGUGGCGGUAGAGUUUCGAGAUCGUUUCGGGAUCGUUUCGGGGUUAGACCAAAACUUGACAUUCUCCUAUCAAUGAACUUUUUCACCAAUCAAUUUAUGAUCGUUUUCGGAGCCAUUGAGGCGUAGCCAACAAUCCGAUGGCCAAUUGAAUCUAGGGUG